UAAAACACUUCACGUCCAGCCCAUGUACAGUAAUAAAUGGCCAGGCAGGAGCAGUGCAGGAGCGGGUUGCCAUUCAUAAAUGGCGCCCGCCAUUUUGGAUUGUGCGUGCUGCCCCUGGGACACAGCGAACAUCGAUCGCUGUACGGGACCUCUGUGCCCGCAAUCCGAUGCCCGCUGUGUCCGAUCGUUGUACGGGACCUCUGUGUGAGGUCCCUUUCAUGUGAUCACUGAUUGGCCAGUCAGUGAUCACAGGAACAGUAGUAAACAACAUGUCACUUCCUGACAUCAUUGCUUACUAUUUUGAAAUGUGUGAAUGAUCACAGAGGUCACAUGGUACAAGGCUAUUCACAACAGCCUUGUACCAUCUGACAAGCUGUGACCAAUCACAGCUCUCACAGUA